AUGACUGGAUACCUGAACACUGUAACCAACAUUCCAUUAUAUGUAUAUGUCAGUAAACUAGCCUUCGUACAAGCCUCAACUUUGGAUGACACAAAAGAACGUUACCUACUACUACAUGAGGUAUUAGUCCAAGUAACCACUGAUGCAGCUAAAUUCAAAGCACUGUAUUCCAUAGUUCCAGCCACGUUAUGUAUGAGUGUUUCCCGACAUGUAGCUGACCUUGAACCCCAGUUUUUACUUGAAGUUCAUAACUCUCUGCGACGAACAAUCGGAUUGCAAUGGGGAAAUGGAGAUUUUCACAUAUCUGAUAUGAAGAAAUUGGAGUGGGACACAGAGUUAGCAAAGCAAGCCAGUGAAUUCGCUAUCUGUGAAAAUGUAGGGAAUUACCGAAAGGUGGAUUUGGGGUCGUACGAUGGUUUUAUCGACGAAGCACAGCCCCGUGAAACUGGACGAAACAUAGCAUUUGCGGUGAAUACGUCAAUACGAGAGAUUAUCGAAGGAUGGUUCAACCAACGAGAGUAUUACAACUAUGAAUGGCAAUCUUGCAAACCGCUGGAUAAAAGAUGUGACGAUUUUAUUCAGCUUGCCUGGGCAGAAGCAUCGCGUUUGGGGUGUAGUGUAAAUCCAAGUUGCGUUCACGAUGGCAUCAUGGGAAUAUUCCUCGUCUGCAUUUAUGACGUAGGAUCCACACCAUUCGAACAACCAUUUCAACUCGGUCCAGUUUGCUCUAAAUGUGGUGCCUCAGCCGGGUUCUGUGAGGAAGGUUUAUGUGUGAAUGAUUGCAUGAACAGUGUUUCGUGUGAAUGUCUGAAGACCUGUAAUCAUCCUGGCGUCGGCGAGGGCGUUCUUGACGUGACCACUUGUACUUGUCAGUGUAAUUUCGGAAUGGGAUUUGAUUGCGAAGACAAAUGUGAAAAUCCUCAGUUUUAUGAAGACUGGAGUUUCUGUAAAGAGAUUGAUACAUCUGAAAACUGUGACACUAUGAUGGAAAUGCAAAUUGAAUAUUGCCCAGCGAACUGUGACUAUGGCUGCC